UUUUCGGGAAUUGCGCCAUAUGGGAUGGGCAGGAGCAGUGACUCAAGUGACGACUAUUACUUCCCCAAACGGCGCAACUUUAAUCCGCAACCACAUCAUGUUACAAUUAUCAAGUCUGAAACAGGCUUUGGGUUUAACGUAAAGGGUCAGAUUGGCGAAGGUGGCCAGUUAAAAAGUAUUAACGGCGAGUUGUAUGCGCCACUUCAGCAUGUCAGCGCGGUUUUAAAGAAUGGCGCAGCUGAAAAAGCUGGACUAAUGAAAGGCGAUCGGAUUCUUCAGGUGAACGGAGUAAAUGUUGAAGGAGCUACUCAUAAACAAGUAGUGCAGUUGAUAAAAGAUGGUGGCGAUCGACUAUCGCUUGUUGUUAUAUCUGUUGAUGCCAUAGACGCUGAACGUUUCGAUGGCGAUUCGGUGGAAGACUGUUCAACUAAAUAUGAUUAUACCGAAAAACGGUCUCUUCCUGUCACAAUUCCAAGUUAUCAGACGGUUUCUGCCAACGGCGAACGUUUCGUGGUUUACAAUAUUCAUAUGGCAGGAAGACAUCUUGGGUCACGGCGAUAUAGUGAGUUUGUUAACCUUCACAACAUUUUGAAAAGAGAAUUUGUGGACUUCGACUUUCCAAAACUUCCUCACAAGUGGCCUUUUGGCCUCUCUGAGCAGCAGUUGGACUCGCGUAGACGUGGGCUUGAAAUGUAUUUGGAAAAGAUUUGCGCUGUUAAAGUUAUUGCGGAUUCUGAAAUCAUACAAGCGUUUUUAAUGGAGGAUUCUUCCUCUGUUUGCUCAACCGUUGAAGUUAAUAUCCGAGUAUUGCUGCCUGAAGGAAUUCCACUCAGUUUUGAUAUAAAACGGCACUGUAGAGCUAGAGAAUUAUACGCUGUGAGAACCGGAUUGAAUGUGAACUACCUCUACAUUAUUGUGCUAAGAUUGUUUCUUACAGAGAGAAAACUUGCUGAUGACGAAUAUCCACAUGCACUCUACAUUCAAAAUUACACCUCAGCAGCACCGUCAUGUAUUGUCGUUCGAAAAUGGUUGUUCAAUCUUCAUAAGGAAAUCGAACUUUGUCAACGCAGUGUACUUUUUAAGCAUUUUUGUUUCUGGCAAGCGGUUGCUGAUGUCAAUUUGGGUGUGAUUGAGGCAAAGGAGAAGUUGUAUCAGCUGAAAGCGUUGCAGAGCCUUGAUCGUUGUGAUGAAUAUCUAAAAUUGGUGAGAACCUUGGAAGGUUAUGCACGUAUUACUUUUCCAUUUUGUUCGUGUGAUACACACAAAGUUGGCAAUGUGGUUCUUUCAUUAACCUUUGACAAAAUUGUUUUACGUGCUUGUGGCGACGAUGGUAAUUUGCUGGAUGAUGGAAUAACUCUGGACUGGGAUGAUAUAAAAAGCUUUGAGCUUGCGGAAGAAAAUGUAUUUAUGUUUGAGUACCACCGAAAGCAAAAGAAACCGAAAACAGUAAAACUAACGUCUCCAUUUGUUAGUUUGUUGAAUUUCCUUAACGUUUAG